UUAGCGGCAGCAGCCUGCCAGCCUGCCCGAGGAGCGUGAGGACCAGCGCGCGGCACAGCGACCGCACGAUGGCCUCGUCUCAAGGGAAGAACGAGCUGAAAUUCGCCGACUGGAUGGCCACUCUGCCCGAGAGCAUCCACAGCAUCCCCCUCACCAAUUUAGCCAUCCCAGGAUCUCAUGAUUCCUUCAGCUUCUACAUUGACGAAGCCUCUCCAGUGGGCCCUGAACAGCCAGAAACUGUCCAGAAUUUUGUCUCUGUGUUUGGAACUGUGGCCAAAAAGCUGAUGCGGAAAUGGCUAGCCACUCAAACCAUGAACUUUACUGGUCAGUUAGGAGCUGGGAUCCGUUAUUUUGAUCUUCGAAUUUCCACCAAGCCUAGAGACCCCGACAAUGAACUCUACUUUGCUCAUGGUUUGUUCAGUGCCAAAGUCAAUGAAGGCCUUGAGGAGAUCAAUGCGUUCCUCACAGAUCACCAUAAGGAGGUAGUAUUCUUGGACUUCAACCACUUUUAUGGGAUGCAGAAGUAUCACCAUGAAAAACUCGUCCAAAUGCUGAAAGACAUCUAUGGAAAUAAAAUGUGCCCAGCGAUUUUUGCCCAGGAAGUGAGUCUAAAGUACCUGUGGGAGAAGGACUACCAAGUGCUGGUCUUCUACCACAGUCCAGUGGCUCUGGAAGUACCCUUUCUCUGGCCUGGGCAGAUGAUGCCAGCACCCUGGGCCAACACCACAGACCCGGAAAAACUGAUCCAGUUUCUUCAGGCAUCCAUCACUGAGAGAAGGAAGAAGGGAUCAUUUUUUAUAUCUCAGGUGGUGCUGACCCCCAAAGCUAGCACCGUGGUCAAAGGGGUGGCCAGUGGUCUCAGAGAAACGAUCACAGAAAGAGCUCUUCCUGCCAUGAUGCAGUGGGUCCGCACGCAGAAGCCAGGAGAGAGUGGCAUCAAUAUUGUCACUGCCGAUUUCGUAGAACUUGGUGAUUUCAUCAGCACUGUCAUAAAGCUCAACUAUGUCUUUGAUGAAGGGGAAGCUAACACUUGA